GCAAAAUAAUAUUGAGAAUAUGAAAUACGCAAAGAAAAGCGCGACACCUAAAUUACCGUACGUGAACGUUGCGCAAAAUUUUAAUUUUGCCAAAGGUAUGCAUGCGGGAAAUUUAGAACAUCAACCCUUACCGGACACGUUGGGGUACCGAAAUUUAACUAAGGUAGGAGAACACAGAGACUCUGACAUCGUAGUGAAACCAUAUGCUAUAGGUUGGAAAGGUUACGGAGCUUCUGGUCCGACUUGUUGCACAAAAAUGCGAGUACAUAGACCGAAAACGUGUGAUCCCAAAAAAAAUGAAACAGAAGCAGACCGUAAGCAACGGCCAGUGACCUCAAUACAAGAUUUGGGUGGUCAGUAUAAGAAGCCUUUGUCACUAAUGGAUUUAGCUAUUUGUUGGGAUUUUAAAGCGGAUGAUCCAAGACGAGAGCCUAAACCUCCGAAACACAUAGAUGGAUCAAAUGGAUCUCAAGCACCAGCAGUUUUUACAAUGGUGCACACGCCUAAAGAAACAUUGGAAGACAAUAUAGCACCGGGACACUCUCAGUCAAUUUUUAACCAGAACCGUAUAACUCAAGAUAUAGGACAUCACAGUGUGCCUCAUUUUGAAAAAGACAUGACGAAAGAGAAACGGAAAGAUACCUGUGAUGUGCAGCAUUGUCCCCAGCAUAAUCAUAGGGAAAAUAUUUCAAGAUCUAAGUCUUCAAGCAGGAAAAGUUCUGCUCAAUCACCAAAAAAUGGUAAAUGUGACGGUGUUAACGGGUGCGGCACCCCAUCGAAUUCAAACUCUAGUCACGGUUCUUCGAAGGCAGAAAAUUUUAAAACCAUAAAAGAAGCCUGGACUAGCAAUAAUAAAAACAAUUGUAACGGAAUAAAUCGUCGAAAUCACAGUUUAGAAUCGUACGACAAAACCCCUUUAGCGCAAGGAAAACUGCAUCAAAGUUCGCCAAACGAUUCUCAAAUAUCUCGCUCGCCAAAAGAGUCGAGUGACGCGGGUAAUAACAAUACGAAACAUAAGCAUUGCAUUUCUUGCAAUGGAUAUAAAGCAAAUAAAGAUGUCAAACAAAAAGAAGAUUACAAAUUUGCUUUCAAAGCUGGCAAUCCCAAUUCAGUUCAAAGCCACAGUUCUAAUGAGUCGAAAAAUGUUAAAAUGCCGAAAAUGCGUCAUCCGUACACAAAGAAAUCCUAUACCAUUCCUACUUUGGCGCCGCCGUUUAGUAUUUGGCGGGAUGCGAAUGCCACAGGAUAUCCAGAGCAUUGGAGAUUAGCUAGCGUUUACCAACACGCAUAUAAGCCACCGGAGCAGCGACGUAAACCUCUCAUAAAUAGCGUUUUCCAAUAA